CAACAAUUAUCUAUUUUCUUCAGGAACCCAUCGCAACCAUGUUCGCUGUUCCGGGUUGGUCGCUCGAGAACUCUGCUCUCAAGCAGCAGAACGAGCCUGCAGUGCAGGAAAAGGCUAACGACAAAAAUUCCAAGCCAAAUGGCAAGGACAGAAAGCGCAAGCGGGAGGAUAACGUCAACAAGGGAAAUGUGGACGCCAUGUACCGCCGGCACAUUGAGGGGGAGAAGUUGACUCCCUGGGCCAGGAAAAAGGCUGAGAAAGCAGCUGUGAAGGGCGAGAAGAACCAGAACCAGAACCAGAAACAGGCGCCCAAGCAGGAGAAGACCGAGAAGGACGGACCGCAACAAACUGAAGCUGUCGCCGAAGAGGGCGAAAAGCCCAAGAGCAAGAAACAGAAAAAGAACAAGAACAAGAACAAGGAGGAGAAACAGGAGCAAUCACAGGGAGACGUACCCAACGAGCCCUCAACCACCGAGUCGAUGCCCGUGGCCCCGCCGGAGACGAAAGCCAUCCUUACCCCUCUGCAGCAGGCGAUGCGACAGAAGCUCAUAUCAUCCCGAUUCCGUCAUUUGAACGAGACGCUCUACACCACACCCUCCAGCAAGGCUCUUGAGCUUUUCACCUCAAAUCCUGAACUGUUUGACGAAUAUCACGCCGGCUUUGCGCGCCAGGUCAAGGAAUCCUGGCCCUCGAACCCAGUGGAUGGCUACAUCAAGGCUCUGCGCGCCAGAGGCAGCGCGCAUGCGCCAAAGCGGGGCAAGCCGGAUAAUAAAGGUCGAUCCUCGGCUGCUCCCCUUCCCCGACGACCAAACGGAAUGUGUACCGUGGCCGAUCUUGGCUGUGGUGAUGCUCAACUGGCGCGCGCUCUGUUACCGUCCUCCAAGAAGCUGAACCUCAAACUUCUCAGCUACGACCUGCACGCCCCGAAAGACUCGCCUAUCACCAAAGCCGAUAUCUCCAACCUGCCCUUGCCCGAUGGGUCAGUGGAUGUGGCUGUUUUCUGUCUGAGUCUGAUGGGUACCAACUGGGUGUCGUUCGUUGAAGAAGCCUGGCGCGUGCUCCGCGGCGAUGGCAAAGGCGAAUGCUGGGUCAGUGAAGUGAAGAGCCGAUUCGGCAAGGUCACGCGCAAGAAGGCGCAGAUCGGCGCGAAGAAGCCGCUCAGCAAGGCUGAGCAGAAGAAACUGAAGAAGAAGCAGUCCGCUGAUAACGCAGACUCGGAUGUCGACGACAACGAGAUCUACGCUGAGGACGCUCGUCCCGCCAACGACGACGAGACGGAUAUCUCGGCGUUCGUGGAGGUGUUCCGGACGCGAGGCUUUGUUCUGAAGGAGGAGUCUCUCGAUAAGUCCAACAAGAUGUUUGUGAAGAUGGAGUUCGUGAAGGCAGGCGGCGCCCCCACCAAGGGUAAACAUGUCUCUUCUGCUCCAAGUGCUGGCGCCGGCCCGGGCAAGAAGCGGUUUAUCGACAGAUCAUCGCUUACCGACAAGGGCAUGUCAGCUGCUGAAGAAGCUGCCGUUCUCAAGCCGUGCGUCUACAAGAUCCGGUAG